CAGUGAAAUUCUACUGUACAGGUACGAAUGGGUGGAAUCCAGAAGUGUUGAUCCGCUCAGUUGCGCGUGUGAUGGAGCUGUUUAACUCUCCUGUUCAAAGACGAAUUAACUUCGCAUUGCCACUUUUUCUUUUUGAUCUGUUUGGACUCCAUACUGAACUUUUUAAACUAAGUAACGUUACUUUAAGGAAUGACUGACACGAACUGAGUUUGAAACGGGUUUUGUGGCGGACUUUUAUUAAAGUACAACAUUUAACACAUUUUAUGUUUCUCGUCUUGGUUUUGGUCUUGAGUUAAAGGGAAUAAUCAUGCCUGAUCAACUGACAGUACCGGAGUUUAUGGACAUUACCAAUGAGGACUAUAAAGCACCUACAACAUCGGUGUUCUGCACGCGCAUGGCUCACUGUAGGAAUACAGUUGGCGCUUUGGAAGAGGCAUUGGAUCUGGACCGCAGUGUGCUGCACAAAAUAAAAAAGUCAGUCAAGGCCAUAAACAGCUCUGGUCUGACUCACGUAGAGAAUGAGGAGCAGUACAUCCAGGCACUGGAGAGGUUUACGGAUAACACUGUGUACAAAGAUGACCCUGAGAUGUCCGAUUACUUCCUCAGAUUUGCUAGUUUCACUAAGGAGCUCACUGGUCUCUUUAAGAACUUGCUGCAGAACAUGAAUAAUAUCAUCACUUUUCCACUAGACAGUCUGCUAAAGGGAGACCUUAAAGGAGUCAAAGGGGAUCUGAAAAAGACUUUUGAUAAAGCAUGGAAGGAUUACGAAACCAAACUGGGCAAGAUUGAGAAAGAAAAACGGGAACAUGCCAAACAGCACGGUCUGAUCAGAACAGAGAUCAGCGGAGGAGAGAUUGCAGAAGAAAUGGAGAAAGAGCGACGCGUCUUUCAGCUUCAGAUGUGUGAAUAUCUCAUUAAGGUGAAUGAAAUUAAAGUCAAGAAGGGAGUUGACCUGCUCCAAAACCUCAUCAAAUACUUUCAUGCCCAGUGCAAUUUCUUCCAGGAUGGGUUAAAAGUUGUGGACAAACUGAAACCUUUCAUGGAAAAACUCGCCACAGACUUAACUGCAAACAAGCAGACACAAGAUGCAGAAAGAAAACAGCUAAUGCAGCUGAGAGAUAUUCUCAAAUCUGCCCUACAGUCAGAGUGUAAGGAGGACCUCCAGUCAAAGCAGAAUGCAGGCUAUAGUCUUCACCAGCUGCAGGGCAAUAAAGCUCACGGCACUGAGCGCUCUGGAAUGCUCCUCAAACGCAGCGAAGGACUGAGGAAGGUUUGGCAGAAAAGGAAGUGCACUCUGAAAAAUGGAUUAUUGACUAUUUCUCAUGGAACGGCCAAUGCACCGCCAGCAAACCUGAACCUCUUAACCUGCCAAGUGAAGUGUAACCCAGAUGAGAAAAAAUGCUUUGAUCUUAUAUCACAUGACAGAACGUAUCACUUCCAGGCAGAGGACGAAGCAGAGUGCCAAAUAUGGGUGUCUGUGCUCCAGAAUAGUAAAGAGGAGGCACUGAACAACGCCUUUAAGGAUGAUCAGAAUGAGGGAGAGAACAACAUCGUGCGGGAGCUGACCAUGGCUAUUGUGGGAGAGGUGAAGAAGAUGAGUGGCAAUGACGUGUGCUGUGACUGUGGAGCUUCCAAUCCAACAUGGCUCUCCACAAACCUGGGUGUGUUGAUUUGCAUCGAAUGCUCUGGAAUCCAUCGGGAAAUGGGAGUCCACUACUCCAGAAUACAAUCUCUGACACUGGAUGUCUUGGGCACAUCUGAACUCUUGCUUGCUGACAGUGUGGGCAAUGCAGGAUUCAAUGAAAUCAUGGAAGCAAACCUGUCAGCAGAGAUCCCCAAACCCAACCCUUCUAGUGACAUGCAGGUCCGAAAAGACUUCAUUACAGCCAAAUACACAGAGAAGCGCUUCGCUCAGAAGAAGUAUGCAGAUAACGCGGCCCGGCUGCAUGCACUGUGUGAUGCGGUAAAGUCCCGGGACAUCUUCUCUCUGAUCCAGGUGUAUGCUGAAGGAGUGGACCUGAUGGAGACCAUUCAACAAACUAACCAACAUGAACCUGGUGAGACAGCGCUACAUCUUGCAGUACGAAUGGUGGACCGGAACUCUCUCCAUAUUGUGGACUUCAUUGUACAGAACAGUGGUAAUUUAGACAAGCAGACUGCCAAAGGAAGCACAGCGCUGCACUACUGCUGCUUGACUGACAAUAGUGAAUGUAUGAAGCUGCUACUGCGGGGGAAAGCAUCUGUCACCAUUACUAAUGAUGCAGGAGAGUCUCCUCUGGAUCUGGCAAAGCGUCUCAGACACACAAAAUGCGAGGAGCUGCUGACUCAGGCACAAACAGGGAAGUUCAACGUCCAUGUGCAUGUGGAGUAUGACUGGCGUCUGCAUAACGAUGACCUGGACGAGAGUGAAGAUGAGAUGGAAGACAAGCCUAUUCCCAACAGGCGUGAGGAGCGUCCAGUUAGCUGUAUUAUUCCAGGGACUGGCCCCAUGAAGCCCGACAUGAGCGCCCUGGCACGGGACGUGGCUAAUGUGGUCAAUAACAAGCAGAGGGCUUUUAUUCCUAGCAUGAUCUGCAAUGAGACUUACGGCACCAUGCUUGAUGUUAAUCCACCACCUUUGGGUUUACCAGGGAUGCCGGGUUUUCCUCCUCUACCGCUUCGUACCUUGGGAAGGGGGUGGAGUCCUCCAGCGGAGAUGGUCGGGAGGCAGAGAUCUUGCUCAGACCCUUCAAACCCUCAGAGUCCAGACAAAAACAUCUCAGUGUAUGUGCUCCCCCCUGCUCCACCACCUCCUCCUGCGGCCAAGAGACCACUGCCUCCAGAUCCAAAGGCAGCUCUUCCCCAAGUGCCUCCGGUUCCAUCUGCACCCUCUGCUCCCCCAGUAAUACCACCCGCUCCAGCUAGACCAGCGCCCAUAGUGCCACCAGCUCCAGUGUUGCCCACGUCAUUUUCAUAUAAACCCCCACCUCCUCCUGUACCACCACAGCCUAAAGCCCCUGCACCCAAACCAGUAAAAACCCCCACUAGGGAUCCUGUUGGUCCUUUUAGUAAAGAUGCUAAUGUAAAUAAAGCUCCACCCACUGUCCCCCGACCAAGUGACAAAACAGAUUCUGGGCCAUCAUCUGCCUCCGCACCAGCUCCUGUCCCUACUCCCAAACCCAGAAUGGCCCCACCUAAACAGAGACCUAAGAGAGUAAAGGCCCUGUAUAACUGUCAGGCUGAUAAGCCAGAUGAACUCACCUUCUCUGAAGGAGAGGUGAUAAUAGUGGAUGGAGAGGAGGACAAGGAGUGGUGGGUGGGCCACAUUGACGGGGAGCCAAACAGGAAGGGCGUUUUUCUGGUCUCAUUUGUUCACUUCAUCACUGACUGAUGUCAUACAUUGUUGUCUUACGAAGAUCACAGGAAACCUGAGACCGCUGAUUAUUUAACUAGUCGCCUUCCAUAUGCCUGGAUGGUGGUGUACGGGACAUUCACAAACAUAAGACCUCAGGAAACGGCUCACUUUAUCAAUUAUUCCGAUUCCAAGUGCAAUUACCUCUAACUUUAAUGCAGAAAUGAUGUAUGAACUGUGAUGAGUGCUAUGCUUUAUAUGGGGACCAUUUGUUUUUAUAAACUGUAAUAUUGUUGGAUCCUUACUUUUAUCUUUAUAGAGCUUUUUUAUCUAUAUCAGUUGCAGAGCAACUCUUAUUUUGCAAGUGCAAUUAAGUGACAUGUAGCUUGCAUACAAGUAUGUUCUGCGAGUUCUGUUACCGAACAAGCCAUUAAACCUUUUACUCUGUACAUUUAAAA